AUGGCUGCAGAGACAUCAUCUAUCCCUGUCGUAGACUUCGCCGCCUGGAGUUCCGAUGCGUCACUGGAGCAGAGGAAAACAAUCGCCCACAAGCUCAUUGAAGCAUGCCAGAAUGUCGGCUUUGUUUACAUUACCAAUCAUCACGUUUCACCCGAGCGACUAGCUCAAGCUUUUGAGUGGUCCAAAAAGCUCUUCGAUUUGAAGCUAGAACAGAAGAUGUUGGCUCCACACCCGAGCGGGUUCACAGUACAUCGCGGCUACUCGUGGCCCGGCUUAGAGAAGGUCUCGAACGUCAUGGGGGAUGAAGAUAAUACAGCAGACCUGACGAAGAACUUGCGCCAGAUCUCUGAUGUCAAGGAAAGCUAUGAAAUAGGCAGCGAGGAUAACAAAGACCAGCCAAACCAAUGGCUCCCUGAGGAUGUUCUUCCUGGUUUUCGAGAAUUCAUGCUGAAUUUCUACUGGGAGUGCCAUGAGACCGCUAUGAGUAUGAUGAGUGCGAUGGCGCUUGGAGUUGGCCUGGACGACGAAAACCACUUUGUUCCAGCACACCCAGGGCACAACAAUCAGUUACGUUUGCUUCACUACCCACCUGUGCCUGCAGCCAACAUCGAGAGCCAGACUUCAACUAGAAUGGGUGCUCACAGCGACUGGGGCUCCAUCACCAUGCUUUUCCAAGAUGAUUGCGGGGGCCUUCAAAUUGAGAACCCUAAUAAAUCAGGCGAGUUCAUCGACGUGCCUCCCUUGAAGGAUGCAGUUGUCAUGAACGUUGGUGACCUGAUGAUGCGCUGGAGCAACGAUACACUCAAGUCGAGCGUCCAUCGCGUUACCCUUCCUCCGAAACAAGACCACUUCACAGGCGACGAGCGUAUGACCCGGGCCCGCUACUCCAUACCUUACUUCGUCGGCCCAGAAGGGCCGACUAUAGUCGAAUGUCUGCCAUCUUGCAUAGACGAGAACCAUCCCGUCAAAUACGAACCUAUCAGGUGGAACGACUACAUGUUGAUGCGAGCUAGCAUGCACUAUGAAGCGCCUCCUGAAGCGGCUGCAGUCCGGUCUAAUUGA